AUGAGGAUCAGUGGCUUCACCUUCAUGUGUGUGUGUGUGUGUGUGUGUGCGCGCGCUCCAGGUUAAGUAGCUUCAGAUAUAACUCCUCCGUGUACUGUAACCAAAGUGGGGACAUUGUGGAGCUGUGAACAGGAUCGACCCGCUUCUGUAAUCUGUUCGAGGACAUACUGAGUGUGUGUUUGUGUGUGUGUGUGUGUGUUUGGAAUCUGCGGCUGUGCGCUUUGCUCCGUGCGUCAAAGCCAACAUCCAGCCGGAGGAUCCGUGCGAGCGCGACGGACAAGAAUGAGGUCUUCAGCCGCUUAGAGAUCUGUCCCAGUUUAAGAUGGUUCAGCGGAGGUCCCCUGUGAUUAUUCCUCCUUCUGUGGUUAUGGUUGCGCCCAGCGAGCAUUCAGGAACAUCCUCCUCCUCCUCCUCCUCCCCCCGCCUAUGACAUGGUUUAACCCACAAAUGAUCCGGUCACCAUGAUGGCCUCCAUGGUUGCCAAUGGAAGCCGAGACGGGCAGUCUCUGGUGUUGAAGGGGGUGGAUCCAGAGACCUGCAUGAUUGUUUUCAAGAACCACUGGGCUCAGGUGGUGAAGAUCCUCGAGAAGCACGAUCCCCUGAGGAACACCUCCAGCCUGUCCUCGCUGAGUGUCAUCAACCUCAGCAGCGGCCCUCGCUUCGGCCCCGUCCCCGGGGACGAGGCCAACGCGGUGCAGAACUAUGUGGAGCACAUGCUGUUCCUGCUGAUGGAGGAGGAGAGCGGCCAGGCCGGCGCCAUGGGCCCCAUCCUGGAGUUCGUGGUGAUGGAGAACGUGAUGGAGCGCCUCUUCGUGUGGAGCCUGCGCAGGGAGUUCACCGACGACAUGAAGCUGGAGCAGCUGAAGAUGUACGAGAUGCUGGUGGGGCAGGCGCACCAGCCGCUGCUGCACCACAAACCCAUCCUGCGGCCGCUCAUGAUGCUGCUGUCCUCCUGCUCGGGCACGGCGGCGCCGGCGGUGGAGGCCGAGCUGGUGCUGCUGCUCAACCAGCUGUGCUGCGUUCUGGCGAAGGACCCCUCGGUUCUGGAGAUGUUCUUCCACACCAGCGAGGACCAGGGCGCCACCAACUUCCUCAUCUUCUCCCUCCUCAUCCCCUUCAUCCACAGGGAGGGCACGGUGGGCCAGCAGGCCCGAGACGCUCUGCUGCUCAUCAUGUCGCUGUCUGCUGAGAACGAGCGGGUGGCCCAACACAUCGCAGAGAACACCUUCUUCUGUCCGGUUCUGGCCACAGGGCUGAGCGGCCUCUACUCCUCCCUCCCCACCAAGCUGGAGGUUCCCGGUGAAGAGUGGCACGGCCUCCACAGGGAGGACUGGCUCCACAUGCCGGCACUGGUCCAGUUCCUCAACUCACUGGAGUUCUGCAACGCCGUCAUUCAGGUGGCCCACCCGCUCAUCAGAGACCAGCUGGUCAGUUACAUCUACAACGGGUUCCUGGUGCCCGUCCUCGCUCCGGCUCUUCACAAGCUGACCCUGGAGGAGGUGAUGACCACCACGGCCUACCUGGACCUCUUCCUGAGGAGCGUCUCGGAGCCGGCGCUGCUGCAGACCUUCCUCUCCUUCAUCCUCCUCCACCGACACGAGAGCGUCCACAUCCUGGACACCCUGGUCAGCCGCAUCAACACGCCCUUCCAGUUGGGCACCGUGUCACUGGCUCUCUUCCGCACUCUGAUUGGCUUAUACUGUGAAGAUGUGAUGCUGCAGCUCGUAUUGAGGUACCUGAUCCCCUGUAAUCACAUGAUGUUGAGUCAGAGACGCGUGGUGAGGGAGAGGGACUGCUACUCCGUGUCUGCGGCCAAGUUCCUGGCGCUGACGCCGACCUGUUGCACCCCCGACCACAGCCCCCCGCCCCUCCGACAGCUGGAGUCCAUCCUCUUCUCCAAGGGGUCAGAGGUCGCGGCUCACACCGACUCCUCAGAGAAAAAGAGCUUCUCAGAAAAGCACCACGAGAACUCCUGCACCAUCGGGUCCGAACUCUACCUGGACGUCAGUUACCUUCAUUACCUCUACGACGCCCACCUCGGCAUCAGCAGCUGCAUCCGGGCCUGCCAGGUGUGGUCGGCGCAGUAUGACGGCGAGGACCCCCCCCCUGAGAAGUACCAGCCCGGCGUCCUGGAGGAGCCCUGGCUCAAGAGCCGACAGACCCAGAUGGCCCUCAAGAGAGUUCCACAGCCGCUGGCGCCGCGCCCUCGAGUCUGUCCCCCGCCGCCGAGGGCCGAGCCGCCCUCCGUCAACCAGGAGCUGGAGUGGGACGAUAGUUACGACGUGUGUCAGAUGAAGACGGCAGAAGCUCCAGUGGAGAGUAAACCUCCCCAGCUGCCUGUCUCUGAGCCCCCGAGGCACAUCCAGGAGAUGAGGAGGACAGCCAUCAUGCUGGUUAACGGCUCCUACAACGAGGAGAACGAGUUCCAGGACGAUGUCAUGGUUUACGAUCUCGUCGCCAAGAAAGACGCCAGAGAGGUCGAGCAUGGGGGGGGCAAGCCCAAGGGGUCGGAGUCAGAGGACGUCCAACCGGGAGCGGGGGAAGUUUCCUUAAAGAAUGGAUUGAGUUUGACACUUCCAGCCGCUGUGAUGGCCGACAACGGCAAGAGCAGCUCGGACACGAAGGCCAAAGUUCAAACGGAUUGUAAUUCAAACGUCCAAAACACGACCGCCCUGGAGCUGGGCGACGACCUUCUGUCCCAGUACGAGGAGCUCAUCCGUACGCUGGACACGCAGGCGGGAGGGAAACCAGUCCAAGCUGACGGAGAGUCGAAAAAGCCAGUCUCACCUCUGGAGGAGGAGGAGGAGGAGGAGAUGGAUUUCACCUCCUUCUCCGCCGAAACACCAGAGGCCGAGAAAGUACAAUUACCGUUUGGGACCAAGUUUCGAAGCGGAAGUUCAAGUAGAAGCCAAUCAGUGCCUUUCACAGGUCCGUUUGUCAGCGUGCUGCUGUCCCGCCUGGAGAACAUGCUCUCCAACUCGCUGUACGUCAACCUGCUGCUGACCGGCAUCCUGGCUCAGCUGGCCUCCUACCCUCAGCCCCUGCUGCGCUCCUUCCUCCUCAACACCAACCUGGUGUUUCAGCCGACUGUUCGCUCCCUGUACCAGGUACUCGCCUCAGUGAAGAACCAGAUAGAAGAGCUGGCUGCCACCAGGACCGACUUCCCAGAGCUGAUCACUGCUGCUCAGCACUGGAUGCUGGCCAGGGAGACUUUAAUGGCAGCAGCAGAUAAAAGCCGAAGCGGCGGCGGCUCCACCCACGGCGAGGCGGGGGGGAUCCUUAAGAACUCGCCGCCACCCAAACCCAAAGCCAUCUCUCUGGACCGGACAGAAGUGUUCGCCACCGUCCUCUACACGGAGUUCCUCAAAGAACUGGCUGCGGUUGCUCAAGAGCACUCCAUCCUGUCGUACAUUCCUAUGGAAGAGUGAAAGGUCCCGAAAGGCCUCAGUGACGAGUCAGAGGAGUCAACGAGUCAAAGACUGUUCUAUGGUGGUUUUUCUACAUCUUCUUCCAGUCACUACGAGAAGAAACCUCGUAGUGAAACGAUUUAUACAACUUCUUCGAAAAGUUUAUUUAUUUUCCGAGCAAAGACAAUCACUUUCUUGUGGUUUUUAAAAAGAAAAUCCUAUUUUCUAGUUCUGUGAAGUGUGAGGUCCAACACUUUGAGCUGGAACAUCUCCACCUGCACCGUAAUAAUAAGGCUGGUGGAGGCGAGGUCCAGGUCGACCAACCAAAGACUGUAGAGAGAGGGUUUUAACGAUUUAUCUGAACUGCCCUCGUUCUGAAUGUCUUCUGCUCCGAUCCCAGUGGGAUGUCCGUGUGGCCUUUCAGGGGCAUCACCGCCUCUGUGCUCUAGGAGUACGCAGCUCGGAAAUGUGUUUUCAUUUUCACCGUGGCAGCUGUAGACUGGCAGCGUCUCAGAAACACAUCCUGACUCACUUCAUCACUUUUAAGACGUUUUCACACAUGAAAUCCAGAAAUAUGUCCAAAGAAUUGCUUCUGGCGUUUCCCGGAGUUUUGCCGUGGUUUUUCCAGGAGUCCUUCGAUGCUGCACGUUCUCCUCCCUCGGUUCUUUUAAGCCUUUGGGUGAAAUAACUUUCCCACGAUGCACUAGUUUCUCACGGGUUCUCCAGACAACAGCACAAAACCAGGAUUGUUCUUCUAUUAUCGAUUUGCCUUAUGUCAGUGACGCUUUAUAAUGUACAUACUGUAACAGAACUCUAUGCAAAUCAAAGAUAUUUGGGGUAUAAAUGAAUUUAGGUUAUUUUCAGAAGGGAGCUGGGUAUUUAAGCUUUUUUUUUUAGAGUUUCUACUUCCACGUUGUUUCGUCAUCAUCUUCAUUCUCGAGGUUUGUCUUCACUUUCUUCUGGGUGUGGUUGUUGUGAUGGAUCAGAGAAAUCUUUGUUUUGCAUCUGUUAGCUGCCUUUAUCUGGGUUAACAUGGUUGUUAAAAAUUAUAUAUAUAUAUUAAGAGAGAUAUAUUUUGUUAUAAAGUUUGCCUCUAUCAAAAAUAAUUUACCAGGACAGAAAUAGUUUUAAAUUUGUGCCUAAAUUGUGAUUUUUACUUCACAUUAUUGCCUGAUUUUUGAUCUGAUUUAAAAAGGAGUGAUUUGAUAUUUUAUAAUGUGACGUUGUUUUACUGGAAGCCGUCCAUUGUUUUAGUGUAAAUAAAAUAUACUGUUUUUAUUUAUUUUGUUUUUUAACCGAGUAGCAAAAGAAAGCAGUCGCCAUCCAACUAUUUUAUAUAAAGAUAUAAAACAUAAUGUGGACAUUUAAAAAACCUCCACUGAAAUGAAGCUGCAACAUGCUUCUUCACCACUAGAUGUCACUAAAUUCGACACACUGAACCUUUAAGAGGAUUUGUCGCAAUACCAAGUAAAACGUAAUCAUUUAUACCCAACAAUUCAAAGUGAUCAUUCAGAUAAUGGACAGCUUCGGGUUAAUCAAACAACAACUUUUUGUAAAAAUGAUUUAUAGAAAAAGAAAUAGCAGUAGCAUUGUGAUUUAAUCAAAGAUGUCACCUCAUAUAUUCAAUCAUUAUUACUCUGUUUUAAAUUUUGAAAUGUGUAUUUUGUUUAUUUAAAUCCAUCCUGUUCUAGGUGUUGCUAAGCAGGUUAUGAAUUAUGCAGUAGGAUAGUUAUUUUAUGUGUUUUUGUUUAAGCUGAACAGGUUUUUCUCUGUCUCUGGUAGAAAGAAUGUCGCAGAGCACUUUAUCAGCCUCUCAUCCUGACGCAGUCGUUCCACCAGCACAGGUUCAGUCCCACGAUGACAAUCACUGUUUCAGCCCAGGUCACAGAGUCGAUUCUGUCUCAGUAGAAUCCAAAGCUUCGCCCUCUGCGAUCCGGACUCAGUUUUUUCUUCGAUCAGGUUGAUGUUUGUUGUUCAACGUCUGAGAUGCAAAGUCUUUCCUCUUUCAAUAAAGACAACUUCUGCUAAACAAA